UCAAGAUGGCGACCACAAUGUAGAAUGGAUGUGAAUGUUUUAAACUAAGUGGCUGCAUUUUGCUGGAAACUGGGAUCUGUUGGUUAAUUGUUCCAUUAUCAUAUCGCCGAAUCAAGAUGGCCCUAAAUGUGUUCGACCAUGAUGAAUACAGGCCACCAGUCUGGAAGUCCUACUUGUACCAGCUCCAGCAGGAGGCACCUCACCCACGCAGAGUCACCUGCACCUGUGAGGUGGACAACCGGCCUAAAUAUUAUGGCAGAGAAUACCACGGGAUGAUCUCCAGAGAAGAGGCCGACCAGCUACUGAGCCAGGCCGAGGGCAGCUACCUCAUCAGAGAAAGUCAGAGACAACCGGGCACAUAUACACUGGCUCUACGGUUUGGGAACCAGACGAGAAAUUUUCGUCUCUACCAUGAUGGGAAGCACUUUGUUGGAGAGAAGAGGUUUGAGUCCAUCCACGAUCUCGUCACAGAUGGUCUCAUCACACUCUACAUCGAGACCAAGGCAGCGGAGUACAUUGCUAAGAUGACCAUCAACCCCAUCUAUGAACACGUGGGCUACACCACGCUGAGCCAGGAGCCCACCUUGAAGAAACAUCUGCCCCACAACCCCGAGGCCCCCGAUGGACCUGCACCAGCAAAAGAAGGGGGCAACGCAGAGGAACGGCUGACAUCGUUGGUGCGGCGAGCCACCCUGAGGGAGAGCGACCUGGCGCCCAAGUAUGAAAAGGUCCACAACUUUAAGGUUCACACAUUCAGGGGCCCCCACUGGUGUGAAUACUGUGCCAACUUCAUGUGGGGUCUCAUCGCUCAGGGAGUCAAGUGUGCAGACUGUGGGCUGAACGUCCACAAGCAGUGCUCCAAGGUCGUGCCAAAUGACUGCCAGCCGGACCUCAGGCACGUCAAGAAGGUGUACAGCUGCGACCUGACCACGCUGGUCAAAGCCCACAACACCAAGAGACCCAUGGUGGUCGACAUGUGCAUACAGGAAAUAGAGGCCAGAGGUCUUCAGUCUGAGGGUUUGUAUAGAAUAUCAGGCUUUAGUGAGCUAAUCGAAGACGUCAAGAUGGCCUUUGACAGAGAUGGAGAGAAGGCUGACAUUUCCUCAAGUGUUUAUGAAGACAUCAACAUCAUCACUGGAGCCCUCAAGCUCUACUUCAGAGAGCUGCCCAUUCCCCUCAUCACAUACGAUGCCUACCCACGCUUCAUAGAGGCUGCAAAGAUUGCCGACCCUGACAAGCGGCUGGAGUCUCUCCAUGAGGCCCUGAAGCUGCUGCCGCCCGCUCAUUGUGAGACACUGCGAUACCUCAUGGCUCACCUCAAGAGGGUGACUCAAUAUGAGAAGGAGAACCUCAUGUCCAGUGAGAACCUGGGCAUCGUCUUUGGCCCCACACUGAUGAGGGCCCCAGAGCUGGACGCCAUGACGGCUCUCAACGACAUCCGAUACCAGAGACUGGUGGUCGAGACGCUCAUCACCAACGAAGACGUCUUGUUUUGAGAGGAGGGACGAGGCUGGACGCGAAAAAUGACUCUUCCGGUGGGAAGAGGGGAGAAGAACGGAUUGUGAAGACGCUCAUACGCAGCAUCUUGUGAGAAGAUGAGGGUGAAUGAAUUAAUGAAUGAAGGGGUGGAAGGAAAAAGCGACCAGUCGUAUUUUGACAAGACAAGGGAGGAGAGAAAUGAAAGGUGGUCUUCACAGGGAAUGUCAUCACUUAAACAGAAGAAACGAGGAUUCGACAACAAGGACACUACCUGUUUUAUGUGGGGGAGUGGAUGGAGGACAGGAAGAAGAAGUGACUCCCCUUCUUUUAGUAAAGAAUUAAUGAAGCAAAGAAGGAAAGAGAUAGUGGAAACUCUCAUAACAAAGUGUAGCGAGAGUGAAGAAAUGAUUAGAUGGCUGCAGUGUUUCCCCUAGGGUUUUUUUAGUGCAUUUUUUUUUAAUAAAACCAAGCGGAAGUUUUGUUCAGUUCAUUAAACAAACUUGAAAAAGCUGAGUUCCACAAUUGUUAUGCAGUAAUUAUAUAAAAUGGGUUGCAUACAGUAGGGUGAAUAAUCAUCUCUCCUGAUGAGCUGGGAAAAAAAUAAAUUUAGUGUUUGUUAAAAAGAGAAUUUCAUGGUAGUGGAGCAGGGGAAACACUGGGAGGACCAUCCUUAUAUUACUAUCCACGCUUUCCUAAAUGGAUACCUUGACGUUUUCAGUUUUCAUUUUUCUUUGUCAGACGCUGUGGGGAAAAAGCUUACAUAUUUGUUCUUCAGCUGCCUUGCAAACCUUUUGUCAACACUCUUAGCUUUUCUCAAUGAAUCUAUUUGGUUUUGCUGGCCACAAGUUAAUGAGCCAGCUCUCAUCUGGUGGUUCCCAUCGGUUUCACUGAAGAAUGCAAAAAUGUUGUUUUCCAACCAUCCAAGUUGCCAACGGAGAAACGUUUUCCCCAUGUUGUAGCAAGUUCUGGCAAAGAUUUUUUUUUUCUCUCAAAAUGUCAAGAUAUCGCUUUAAUCUUCCUCAAGAGCAGAAGCAUUGACUAUAAUGGGGAACAGUAGAUAGCUGAAACAACAAGUGAAUGGAAAAAGUGAAUCACUCACCCAUAAUACGCACUCAUUCUGUUGAAUGGAACUUAAAGUGAGAUGGACCUAAUGUUGUUUUUUUGUUUGUUGUUUUUUAAGUUUACAGCUCCUUCCUCUAGACAAUUACAAUGUAUGCAGUAACAAGUGUGACACAGCUUAUGUUGGCCUUUAUUGGCAGUUUAAUUAAAAAACUUUCUAACAGAGGGAAAACCAUCUCCCAAUCAGCCUCUUGCAGUAUUAGUUUUUUGUUCAGCAAAUUAUGGAUUAGCAUAGGUUAGUAUUUACUUGCAGUCUAAUUGCACCAGCAUUAUGGAGAGGAGGGAGCUGUAAAUUAAAUGGUUCACUUUUUUUUCCUCACUGUCUCUGAACCAAUCCUGUGUUCCCUCACUUCUCCACCCGCCUGCCUUGUCCCGGAAAGUUGUAGCUUAAAGUUUUGAGAAACAUAACUAAUAUUUGCUGGGUCACAGCAUUGCCUUGUAGGCAGGGUUUGGGAUUCUGACACGGGCUUUUCCUUAAAGACGGUCUUGUUCAGUAAUCUGCCAGAUCACAGGCUUCCUAAAAUCCCACACCCCCCCUUUAACUGGAAACAAGCUGGUGUUGCUGAAAUACGGUGACAGCUUUAGUGUUUCCCUCCAGUCGUCUCCAGGCUGUGCUUCAGAAAGGGCUUUUGAAGGAACAUCACAACACUCUGUGAAGCUCUAAAGCCUCACUGGAUUUAUAGAGUUAAAUAAUUAUAUACUCACAAAGUGCUGGUAGUAGCAGAUGAUUUAAUAACAGCCAAAUCAUGCAAAGAAAUAUUCAUCAAAAGAAAUAAAACCUGGUAAUGUAAUAAAUUACAUCAGAUUAUAACAUUAUUACUUCACAGAGUUUAUUGUUUGUAACUAAUGAUGCAAUAAUAUUGCCAAAUUAUGUAGUAACUGCAGUUGUUUUUGCAUGUUACCUUGACUGUACGGGUUAUUACAGUACUAGUCAGUAUUAUUACAUAAUUUUAAAAACGUUACCCACCUUGUGAAGUGAUAUGCAGCUGUUGUAAUAGUAAAAUUUUAUUGGAAAAAUCCAUUAAGUUACGACAAAAACUGGUUUCGUUACAUUUCUAGCCCAUUUUGGGUAACAUUGUAUUUUGACCUUAUCCAGCUGUUCUCACAUUAACUGUAGCUGCAGAGUGCUUGAGCACAGAUUUGUUUUGCGGUUUUAGGGAUGUUUUUGAGAUUAGAAACUCUAAUAUCAAAUCUGUACAUAGCUUAACUUCCCACUUCAGACACAGAUCUACUGCCAAAUGUUCACAAAAACAGCUUUUUGCAUUUAUUCAGUCGUGAUUAUUGUAAGUGGCAACUCAGUAAAGACUUGUGUUUUGAAUUAUCACUGGCUAGUAAAGCUCCACAGGCUUAUUUUAUCUGUACAGGUCAAAGGUAAAAGACUUUAGACCUAAAAGUCAUGGGGCUUUAAAUUGGCACAUUGUUUUCACAUAUCCAGACAUAUAAAUGCUUAGAACACUAAAACCACAUCAUACAACACUAAUACAGAGAUGACCAAUUCAAAGUCAACUAACAGAAUUAACUAAAUUAAUGCUAACGGGUGUGUAUGAGUCCCAUUUUACACUACUUCAUCCCUCACAGGACACAGCAAAGGCAGAUGGUGAAGAGAGGGACACAUCAUAAGUGACUUGAAAUAUGAUUAUGUGAAAAAGUGCUUUAUGUUUUUUUUUUUUUUUUUUGGUUUGUUUGUUUUAUAUAUCUAUAUAUAUAUGAAGCAGUAUUGUAUUUAAACGGUGUCAUGAAGCAGAUUUUGUGUCAGAAUGCUGUUUGAAAUUGAGGAUUUGUGACUGACUGAGCUUGGCAGUGCAGAAAGCAACACAUUGAAUCACACUCUUAACUCCAUGGCUUGUCAGGGUCACAUCAUUCAAACGCGCAAAGCAGGGAUGCACCAAUAAUAUAAGUGGAUAUUGGGCUGGCACCAUGUCAGAAAAACAUUUAUACAACAACAACAGGUGAGCAACACCAUUAGACAUUAUUGCUACAACCAACACCAGAGAGUUUAAGCGUUAUUAAAAACUGAGCAAUGUGUAUCAUUUUAAAAAAAAAUUAAAGGAAAGUGACUAGUAAUGAAGCAAAAUCUCAUAACGCUGAUUGCCCAGAAUCAGAAUUGGCAAUUAAAAAUAUUAUUGGUGCAUCUCUAACUCAGAGCAGUGAUGUGUCAGUCGCUGAAGUGGCCAUAAUGUGAUUGGUAUCAGUGUUCGCUCGUGUUAAUUACAUGGCGAGAGGUGGCCUGUGGGAAAACAGCGACAUGCGUUUUUAGAUUUGCUGGUGAACCAAAUGGUAACAUCGUGUUUUUUUGUUUUUUGUUUUUUGUUUUUUGUUUUUUGUUUUUUUUGCUAACCUGACAUGUCAGUGCUGAUUUUUUCACUUUUAUCCAACUGUGAAAUGGUGAGAUGUAAUAUCUUUAUUUUCUUUCAUGCUUAUGGACGUAAAAGGGGGCUGGUAGCAACAGCAGUCUGUUUGCUGUAGCCUGCAUAAUCCUACAUGGACCUAUUACAUGUCAUUAUUCAUUCAGGGGGUAAUUACUCAGUAAAUCCUCAAAGUUUUUCUCUGGAUUUCAAGCCAGGGAAACUUUCACUUUUUGAGAAAUAACCUGUUAGUUUUCAUAUUAAUGCCACUACAACAGCACCGAUUCUUCUCCUCUUUUACCUCUGCCCACCACAAAUAGAGAAAAGGGGGAUGUUUUUAGAUUUGAUCCAUUUACAAGUGGGUAUAAUCCAAUGCCGUGCAGAUGACAGAGCUGCUUCACAACGUGCUCUGAAAUAUGAAAGGAUCACGUAGCGGCUUAUGUUUGUGUACUGAAAGAUUUGCCUCUAACGUUUUCACCCUGGUUUGAUGUGAUGACAGCAGUAUUAUUUGUGGCAGGAUGAUGGUAAUCAUCUUAAGUAUGAAGGAGUGCUUUUGCCAUAUUGUAUAUUUUGAAACCGGUGCCAUUUUAGAAGGGUGGGUGGUGUUGAACGGUUGCCUUCUGCAUGUACCCGCACCUCAACACACACACACACACACACACACACACACACACACACACACACACACACACGCACACACUACACACACCUUCAUCCUUUUUCUACCCCCAUUUCUGUCGGGGGGGCCUGAUUAACCAUUCCAAGUGUGCUUGAUUUGCAAAGCGGUGAAUAUUCCUGCCCAUUCCAUCAGCUAAACAGUGCAAAGGCCAAGUUCAGGUUGUAAUAUCAAGCGCGCCCAUAAUGGGUUGAUCUUUUGCUGUAAAAUAUGUGGAUGUAAUAUAUAGAUUAACAUCAGCCUUUUCUAACAAACUUUGAUUAUGUUUUUGGUUUCACGUGUUCUUUAUAUUUGUUCUUUCCCCCCUUUUUCAUUCCUCCCCAGGGUGAAGUUUAACUGUUGAUUUAACCAUGUACUAAACUAUCAGCUGCCUAACCCAAUGAGAACUUGUCAGCCUUCUGUGAUCUGUGACUUUUUUUUUUUUUUUUUUGCAUCAUGAAAUGUUUUUACUAUUGUCCUCACUGUAAAGUAUUUUCUAUAUGGUUUAUGCAUGGUGAUAUUAAAUUAUUAAAUCUGGCUUUCAGUUGA